GUAUCGAAAUUAUUUGGUCACACUGAAACGCUGCAAGUUUUUUCGCUAAAAUUGUUUAUUAUUGAAAACGGAAAUAAAACAUGGCCAAGCAUCAUCCCGAUUUGAUUUUCUGCCGCAAGCAACCCGGCGUGGCCAUUGGACGCCUCUGCGAGAAGGAUGAUGGAAAAUGUGUGAUUUGCGACUCCUAUGUGCGUCCCUGCACCCUGGUGCGGAUCUGCGAUGAGUGCAACUACGGCUCCUACCAGGGAAGAUGUGUAAUCUGCGGAGGACCUGGAGUGUCCGAUGCCUACUACUGCAAGUCCUGCACCAUGCAGGAGAAGGAUCGCGAUGGCUGCCCCAAAAUCGUGAAUCUGGGCAGCUCCAAGACUGAUUUGUUCUACGAGCGAAAGAAAUAUGGCUUCAAGCAAAACUACUAAUGUGCUCCUACUCUGGAUACCUCAUAUACAUUUCUAAUCAAUUUUGAUUGUAAUUUAAUGAAUAUACAUAGAAAGUU